AUGACUUCGACUCCCGAGGCCGAAGGCAGCGAAGAUGUGAACGACUUCCUCCAACGAAUCAGAGAGCUUGGCGAAAAGCGCGACAAGGAAGACGAAGAUCGCACAAAGAAACUGGAGGAAGAGAUUCUGCAGGGCCGCAAGGAGAGACAGGCCCGGAGAGCUGAGCGAGCACGGUCAAUAUCGCCAACAAAAGACUCUUCUCCAAUCCUCGACCCCGCCCGAUUCAGCAUGUCAUCGUUGAGUCACAGAGCGAUUGACCCUCCAGAACAGCUUGAGCCGACUACUCCCCGCACCCCCGUCCAUGAUACCCAUAAUGCGCCUACUUCGUUCAGAGACGAGACGCCAGCAUCCAUAGAGAAUAGUCCCACGGGGCCGAGAACAGAAGCAAAUGAGGCGGGAGUUUCUCCGAAAGCUUCUCCAGUGUUACGGAGCAGAGCCGGAACUUUAUCCUGGCAACAGCGACCGAGUUCUCGGGAUCUCAGCGGUAAUCGCUUCUUAUUUUCUACCUCGCCUUCGCGUGAGAACCGCGAGAGGGCCAUGUCAAAUGCAUCUCCGACUGCUGAAUUUGGGGUGGCACGCAAACCAUUGGCAUCUGUACCCACGCCUCAGGAACCAUCUGUUUUACCCAAGACCGAGGAGGAGAGAGUUCCAAAACUGGAUACGCCGGUUGAUGAGCCAAAUGCCGGACCGGUCUAUGACGCCAAGGGUAAAGAAUCUGAAACAGAAGAGCGUACAGAUCUAGAGAAGGAGAGUGGUCAUCCAGAUACAACAGAUGAACGAUCACCGCCCCCGUCAAGGGCUAGCUCGAGUUUUGCGGACAGUAGCCGGGGGAAUCGAUACUCCAGCAUAUCAUCCGUUUCGACAGCCACAGGUCUCGGGUCUCCGCUACCCUUAUCUAACGCUCAGAAAUUUGAACCACCCAAGGCUGAUGGAAGUUUGGACGGCCAGACAUCCCCAACAUCGCCACGGAGGCUUUCGCCGGAGCGUUCGACCUCGCCAACCAAGGGUCUUGGGGGCUUCGUCCAGAGUGCUAUGAUGAGACGAUCAGAUAGCGUAUCCAAGCGGUGGAGUGCUCAACUUCCGUCGGGAAUUAACCGGGGUAGUUCCUUUGCCAGUAACCGCAAUAGCUUUGCUGCGCCGAGUAACACCGAUAUCUCCACCACACCCAAACUGAGUCGUGAAGGCUCCUCGCCAUCAUCCCAGCGGCCUACAUCAAGCCACAGCGAGGCGACAACAGUCGGUCAACCGAAAGACGACGAACGACCAACAACGCCUUCAGUUUCAGGGAGGAGUGAGAGUGCGAGCAGACCUCCUUUUGCUUUACAUGCGAGGUCUAGUAGUACCAUGAGCGUCGAAAGCCCCGUUGACUCCAACUCAAGGCCAACAACACCUGUUUCUAGGACAAUGGACCCUAAGAGAUGGAGCCCGACCAAAUCUACCUGGCUGGAAAGUGCUUUGAAUCUCCCUGACUCGCCAAGGCAUAAAAGGCAGCCGUCACAACAAGCAUCCUGGGGCAAAGAAAGGCAACCGAGAGGCAGUGUGGACUUGGGGCGUCGUGGCAGCUUCAAAGAAGUUACCCCAGUUGGCCUUCUGCGCACUGCGCCUCUCGGGGGCCACACUAAAAAACAAAGCCUCUCUGGGAUCCCUGAUGUCCUCAAAUCUCAAGAUUUUAGCCCGACCAAGGAGAAGGCGUCAAAUAGCCCAAGCCCAACCAAGGAGGAGCCUUCCAUAGACACAAAACCUCUUUCGACUGAUACUUUCUCGCCAGUAAAGACGGAACCUAUCUCACCGACCAAGACCGAGCCUACUUCGCCAACCAAGUCUGAGCCUGCCUCGCCAACUAAAUCCAAGGAGGAUAUUCCGAAACAAAAACCUGUGCCUCCAGCCUUAUCACCGACCACCACGAUCAGCACUGAUGCGCCCCUGCCGUCCCCUCGUGCGCCCAUUCGCGAUCCAUUGCUGAACCGACCGAAACCCCAAUCACAAGUGGUUGAUUUCAGGGCGAACCUUCGAAAGCGAGAAGUCGUUAAGGAUCAGUCCUCAAAUUCGGAGCCGGAGUUCAAAAAUGUUUUUGGAAAGCUCAGGAAAGCAGAAACAUCAAAUUAUGUUGCGCCAGAUGAACUCAAAAACAACAUCCUCCAAGGCAAGGCGGCUCUGAACAAUACUGGCGGCCCGAAGAAGACACAGAGGGUUGAUGAGUUCAAAGAAAGUAUUCUCAAGCAGAAAGAAGCUAUGAAGUUGAACGGAGGCUCUGUGCGACGGAAUACACUCGAACAAGGCGAUGCUCCCACGCAAGCAGUUCCCGAGGCCAUCAUGAAGCGUCGGCAUCUGACCAAAUCCAGCAUCGACAGACCUGAUCUCUCGGCUCUUGGGCUUCCGUCCCCUGCAAAAGAAAGCGCAGCACCAGACCGCAGCCCAACACCCGACCGUACGUAUAUCCGGGAACCUUCAAUUGAUCCAUUCAACGACAAGGGGCAUAUCGUGGUGCCUGAGCCUGUGCAAAGCUCUCGUGAUGAGCCCAAGCCAGACUCCGACGGCGUUCCAACGGGGACGUCAACCCCGAUUGCAUCCAAUACCGAGCCAAACGAUAAGCGAGAUGAUGAGGUUGAAGGAAGCAAAUCUGGGACUGACUUGCCAAAUGUCGACUCGGUCAAAGCGCAAGAGACACCAGUAGCAGAGGCCUCUGAACCGGUGCGUUCUCUACCACCGGCAAAUGCCACGCGAAGUGCGCUCCCUGUUAAGGAUGACGUCGUUGCUAAAGGUAGCCUCGCAGGCCGAAUAAACCCUGCUCUGGCAGGUCUCUUAUCGCGUGGCCCGCCUGCUGCGUCCGACGGGCCAAGAAAGACAUUGCCUGUAUCCGUCUCAGGAGAAAGCACCUCGGACUCCCAAAACGCGACCUCUGCACCCACGCUCACACAUGCAACGAAAAGCCGUGCAAGAGGCCCGAAGAGGCGCCCCCCUAAGGUUGUCGCUACCCCGACAGAUGCGAGUUCAGGCGCAAGAGACCCGAGCACCUCACCGCAGACCAUCCAGUCGUCGUUUGAGGUAGAUACGCCACCCACGAGCUUCACGAUCGAACAACCCUUGGCUCACACAGGAAGCUGGCCUCUUCCUGACCAAGGUAUCAAUUCGGAAGAUGUUUCAGAAACCCCCUCCCAGUUCUCUCCGCCCGUAACGAGUGUCCCAGAGAAGUCCAGAGACAGCUUGCCACCGGUGCCCGAGAAGGACACGAGCGCUAACCCGAUCCCUUCUACGCCGUCACAGAAACCGUUGACUUUGGAGCGGCGAGUCUACGAGGGUGAAGAAAAGUCUCCCUCUAGGUCUGCCUUCAGUCCGUCGCUUCCGGCCAGCUCGCCACCAAGUGCUCGUAGCAACCAGCCACGGACCUCGUUCGCUCAUUAUUCCUCCCCGUUUCCGUCACCAUUAAGGACAAGCUAUAGGGAAAACCAAUCCUAUCCCUCUCCACGUCUGCCUGGCUCUCAGAGCUUUGCGAACCAGUCAAGAGACUCAUCACCAUUCCGAAAAUCUUUACCAUCCCCCCCUGUUCCCCCCAAGGGUCCGUACUCCUCUACAGACCAGAUGUCGUCCCCAAGAUCGUCUGCCUCAUUAGUUCCACAAGCCGAUGAGUCCCUUGAAGCUAUCUCCAAUUUCUUCAAGACACUUCCACGCUCUAGUGAUCGUGUCAACAUUGAUCCCCAGUUAAUGUUGACGGAUAAAAACGACGGCCUAGGAGUUCGAACGUUGAAAAAACAGAUAUGGGAGAUCACGGGCGAAGGCAAUAAACAGGAUCUUCCAGUUAAUCAAGAGUACAUUCUCUAUGAAGGAGCAAUGUACUUGUGCGUCCAUUCAUUUGAGGAGGAUGAUGGCAAUACACGAUCCGAAGUCCAGCUUUGGUGUGGUGAUGAUGUCUGGGGCGGAGCAGUAGAUAGUGCUCUACCCUUCGCCCGAAAGGUUGCCCGUGAGAAUGGCUGUAAGCUGGAGAUCGUCAGCCAAGGAAAGGAGCCCGCUCGAUUUAUCCAGGCCCUUGGUGGGAUUCUUAUCACGCGGCGUGGCUCCAGUUCCCGCUCUAGCUCCUCGGCCAUCUUUAUGCUUUGCGGACGCAAGCAUCUUGGACAGAUGGUGUUUGAUGAGGUUGAUUUCACACCGCGCAACUUGUGUACUGGCUAUCCGUAUGUACUAUCCGCCAUGUUUGGUAAAGUCUUCUUGUGGAGAGGGAAAGGAAGCUCUGCCGAGGAGAUUGGCGCCGCUCGCUUGAUCGGCAUGGAUCUUGGGUUGACGGGAGAAUUUGAAGAAGUCACGGAGGGAGAAGAGCCUAGCAGCUUCUACGAGGUCUUCCCUCAAAAUAAGGAAACAGGAGAGUAUAUGCAAUCCGAUGAUUGGCUAUUGAAACCGGCCCAUGACCAUUUCCGCCACCGUUUACUCCGUGUGGACCACGAGCUUGGCCAGCGAUCAUUUUGGAUUCGACGUCCAGGUUCAUCGUCUCCAGUGGUUCGUCCAAAUGACACUGUCCAGGAGGUCGAACCAUUCUCCGAAAAAGACAUUUCACCAAAAGGCAUCUACAUUCUUGACACUUUCUUCGAAAUCUACGUGAUCGUGGGUGACCAAGCCUCCAACAGACCAGCCGAGUUUGCAUCAGCCGUGGCCUUUGCGGCCGAAUAUGGUGUCCUAGCUGCCUCACUUCAAGAUCGACCUUUUAUUCCCAAGAGCUUUAUCUCCCUAGGCGGAACCCCCGAGGCUUGUCGCAGCGCGUUUCGUAAGUGCGCCAGACGCCCACUACAACAACAGCCGCAGGUAUUCCCUUUGAAUGCGGCUAUUGACGCCAUCCGAUCCUAA